CGUGAAGGGGCCGGAGCGGAGCGGCCGCGCCAUGAACUACCAGCAGCAGCUGGCGAACUCGGCAGCCAUCCGGGCCGAGAUCCAGCGCUUCGAGUCGGUGCACCCCAACAUCUACUCCAUCUACGAGCUGCUGGAGCGUGUGGAGGAGCCCGUGCUGCAGAACCAGAUCCGCGAGCAUGUCAUCGCCAUCGAAGAUGCCUUUGUGAAUAGCCAGGAAUGGACACUGAGCCGAUCUGUACCAGAGCUGAAAGUGGGGAUUGUGGGUAACCUGGCAAGUGGGAAGUCAGCGCUGGUGCACCGGUACCUGACCGGCACCUAUGUCCAGGAGGAGUCACCUGAAGAUAUGGAUGCAGGUGGGAGAUUCAAGAAGGAGAUAGUGGUUGAUGGACAAAGCUACCUGCUGCUGAUCAGAGAUGAAGGAGGCCCUCCGGAGGCACAGUUUGCCAUGUGGGUGGAUGCUGUUAUCUUUGUGUUCAGCUUGGAGGAUGAAGUCAGCUUCCAGACUGUUUACCACUACUACAGCCGUAUGGCCAACUAUCGCAACACUAGUGAAAUCCCCAUGGUCCUGGUGGGCACCCAGGAUGCCAUCACCUCCACCAACCCCCGUGUUAUCGACGAUGCCAGAGCCAGGAAGUUGUCCAAUGACCUCAAGAGAUGCACUUACUACGAGACCUGUGCCACCUACGGGCUCAACGUGGAGAGAGUCUUCCAUGACGUUGCCCAGAAGAUCGUUUCCACCAAGAAGAAACAGCAGCUCUCAAUUGGACCCUGCAAAUCUCUACCCAACUCUCCGAGCCACUCCUCCGUGUGUUCUGCCCAGGUUUCUGCCGUACAUAUCAGCCAGACCAGUAAUGGAGGAGGGAGUUUAAGUGAUUAUUCCUCCUCUGUCCCAUCAACUCCAAGCACCAGCCAGAAGGAGCUGCGGAUUGAUGUUCCUCCCACUGCCAACACACCAACUCCUGUCCGUAAACAGUCCAAGCGCCGAUCCAACCUCUUCACGUCUCGGAAAGGGAGUGACCCAGACAAAGAGAAGAAGGUCCUGGAGAGCAGAACAGACAGCAUUGGAAGCGGCCGAGCAAUCCCAAUUAAACAGGGGAUGCUGCUAAAGCGGAGUGGCAAGUCCCUGAACAAGGAGUGGAAGAAGAAAUACGUGACACUGUGUGACAACGGCGUGCUGACCUACCAUCCCAGCCUGCACGAUUACAUGCAGAACGUUCACGGGAAAGAGAUCGACUUGCUGAGAACCACUGUGAAGGUCCCUGGGAAGAGGCCACCCCGAGCCACAUCAGCCUGUGCCCCCAUCUCCAGCCCCAAAACCAACGGCCUCUCCAAAGACAUGAGCAGUUUACACAUCUCUCCAAAUUCAGGGAACGUGACUACUAGCACAUCUGUGUCUCAGAUGGCCAGUGGGAUCAGUCUGGUGUCCUUCAACAGCCGCCCGGACGGUAUGCACCAGCGCUCCUACUCGGUCUCCAGUGCAGAUCAGUGGAGCGAGGCCACAGUCAUUGCCAACUCUGGCAUUAGCAGUGACACGGGCCUGGGAGAUUCAGUGUGUUCCAGCCCCAGCAUAUCCAGUACCACCAGCCCCAAACUGGACCCCCCUCCUUCCCCCCACGCCAACAGAAAGAAGCACCGCCGGAAGAAAAGCACAAGCAACUUCAAAGCUGAUGGGAUCUCGGGCACAGCUGAAGCCAAACGCAAAGCUUGGAAACUAAACCGUGUUGGUAGCCUGCGAAAUAUUUACAGCAGCAGCAGCACCAACACCGAAGAGCAAGAAGAAAACUUUGAGUUUAUCAUCGUCUCUCUCACGGGCCAGACUUGGCACUUUGAAGCAACCACCUACGAAGAGAGGGACGCGUGGGUCCAAGCCAUAGAGAGCCAGAUCCUGGCCAGUUUACAGUCCUGUGAGAGCAGCAAGAACAAGUCGCGCCUGACGAGCCAGAACGAGGCCAUGGCCCUGCAGUCCAUCAGGAACAUCAGAGGCAACUCCCACUGCGUGGACUGCGAGGCACAGAACCCCGACUGGGCCAGCCUCAACCUGGGAGCCCUCAUCUGCAUCGAAUGCUCAGGAAUCCACCGCAACCUCGGCACGCACCUGUCGCGGGUGCGCUCCCUGGACCUGGACGACUGGCCCAUCGAGCUCAUCAAGGUGAUGUCAGCCAUUGGCAACGAGCUGGCCAACAGUGUGUGGGAGGAGAACAGCCAAGGCCACGUCAAGCCUUCCUCAGACUCCACCAGGGAGGAGAAAGAGCUCUGGAUCCGCGCCAAGUACGAGCAGAAGCUCUUCCUCGCCCCGCUGCAGUGCCUGGAGCUGUCUCUGGGCCAGCAUCUCCUGAGGGCCACGGCCGAGGAGGACGUGCGGACGGUGAUCCUGCUGCUGGCCCACGGCACGCGGGAGGAGGUGAACGAGACCUGCGGGGACGGGGACGGGCGCACGGCCCUGCACCUGGCCUGCCGCAAAGGGAACGUGGUGCUGGUGCAGCUCCUCAUCUGGUACGGCGUGGACGUGAUGGCGCGCGACGCCCACGGGAACACGGCGCUGGCCUACGCCCGCCAGGCCUCCAGCCAGGAGUGCAUCGACGUCCUGCUGCAGUACGGCUGCCCCGACGAGCGCUUCGCCCUCAUGGCCACCCCAAACCUGUCCAGGAAGAACAACAACCGCAACAACGGCGGCGGGAGGAUGCCCACCAUCAUCUGAGGGGAGCUCGCUCGCGUGUUCGCUGAGUCACAUCCGCAGCCUCGCAUUCCUCCAUCCCCAUCACCGCUCUGGGAGUCUGGUAACUCUCCAUCUCCCUUUUCCCUUCAGUCCAUCCCGAGUCCCAGCCGGCACGUGGAGAGCGCCAGGGGCCGAGGAGGAGCGCGGGGGGCUGCUGGGCAGGCCGUUGUUUCAGCGCCCGCCGGGCCGGGAGGGCGCAGGGGCCGCGCCGGCACCGCCCGGGGACACGCGACAGCCCCGGGGCGCCGAGGGACGGGCGGGGGGAGAGGUGAGCCGGAGCAGAAGGAAGGAGAGCCGGUGACUUUCCCGAACUGACAGUGAAGCACAUCAGAACAUUUCACCUCUACCGAACGCGGCGACGCCUGGAUUUCCAUUCUCUUCUCCUGAAGAGCUUGACGGCAUAAAUCAGAAGCAAGCACAGAGUUUGUCAGGUUUGAAGCUCCUAUGAUGGUAUGUGUCAAAUCAGUUGUAGCUAAUCUGUCCGGGGAGAAUACUGGCUUCAUUACACUUGUAUAGUUGAGUUCUUCCAGCAUUACUGCUGUUUAAUAGAACAUGAUUAGUCAUCACGGAGAAAAAAGCAUAUUAGCUGAGGAGGUAGUUACAUGGCACGCUUCGGUGAUUGCUUGGAUGUGAUUGCAAUAUUCUUAGAAGCAUCAUAUUAUCUCAGACAUGUUCUUUCGAGCCCUUGGAGCCCUCCUUUCUAAAUUCACUGUCAUAAUUUAGUAUCUGUUUAAUUUUUCAGUCCAAAGAGAGGAAAUGAGUUGCUGAGUGUUAUUUGACUGCAGUCUCCUUGGUGUAAAAACAAAAUGGAAAAAAUAAAUAAGAGUAAGCCUGAAACACAAAAAGGGAUAAUGAAUACCGCUACGGAAAACAACAUUUCAAGUACGUUUGGUGAAAUUAAUAAAUGCAUUAAAGGCUGAUUUUUAUUUUUUUUUUUUUUAAUUUUUUUUUUUUUUAAUGUUUUCAGCCAGCAGAAAUAGGUUCUGUCAUUUUGCCAAGGUAAAUUGUGUUGAGUUUUUGGUCACUCCUAUGAUGCAUUGCCUAACUUAUACAGAUUUUUGUAUUGUGUCUCUAGAUUCUAUGUAUUUAAAAUCUAUUUGAAUAAAAAAAAGACCGUAAAUAUACAUUGAAUUUUUUUUUUUUUGUACAGAAAAUGACAUCUCUGUUAAUUUAUAAACUGUAAUGGAUGUGAGCUAAAUAAUGUGCAACUAGUUAGGGUCUGUGGGUUACAGAUCAUUAUUGUCCAUUGAUAAUAUUCCCAGCAGUGAACUCUUCUUUCCAAAGCCUGUGAGGAGCAACAUAUCAGAAGGAGAUCAGGGCACAUUUUGGCACAGGGAAGUUAAAAAACCAUGUGAGACCUUUUAGAAAGGAGAAAAGAGGCUGUUCCUCAGCGCUGUAAAUACAUUUUACUCCAGAAGUCAGGAAGCUUUCACAAGCCAAGACAAAAAGGCCCAUUCUGGCUGGGGGAAGAUCAGAUUUGAUUAAGUUCAGAAUUGAUAGCCUUCACCACGGCGGGCAGCGCUCCCAGCCCGGCUGCUUUCGGCAAGAAGAAUGGCUUGUGGAAGUAGCCUGGACGGUUCAUUGCAAUUCCAAGUUUUAAUACUUGAUUGGAUUAUUUUGGGUUUAGCGGGCACAUCUCAGCUUCUCCUGCUUCCCACUAGCAGGAUUCCGGUGUGGGGAAGGUUUUGGCAGGCAGAAAAGUGACUUUUAUGUUUAUUUUUUGAAAUGGCAUAUGGCAAUGUGGGGAUGGGGGCAGGGUUUAUCGUGGAGAGAGUUGAAAACUCAACUGAAUUCUGAUGGCAAAGGAGCAAUUAUGUGAAGGCAGUGAGGUGCACACAGCAUAGCAAUUUGAAAAUCUACCUGGCUCCUGUGUAUUUCCCAAGCUUUUGGUGGUGCCCUUCCUCGGGGCUCUGGGUUUCAUUCAGCACACAAAUAGGAGGAGCAGCUUCUAAAUAAACAGAAUGUGGGAAAAUUGCAAAGGAAAAAAUGCAAUAUGGUUAUCUUAAGGGAAACAAAAAAAAACAAAAAGGAAAAAUUACAGAUUUGAGGUAAAAUUCUGGGAGAAAAAUGAGCAUCAAGGUGGAAGCACAGGAAUAUUGACCAGCUUCUCUUCUUUGGUGGUGGUGUCCUUUUGUACUUUGUUGUUUUCUAGACCUUUGAGUAUUUGGGGAGAGGGAAUCUUUCUCCGGCCAACCUGACUGCUGAUUGCACCAGACACAGCUGAUUCCCUUCCCACUGGGAUACUUCUAAAUGUUUUAUUAUUUUUUUUUAAUCCAGAAAAGGUGUCUGUUUGAACUGCCAUUUCUCCACCAUUCCUGAUGUUCGGUACUUGGAGGUGGUCCCUCAGGGAGGGGAUAGCCCAGCUGAUGUGCAGCUGAAGGGGAUGCUGUGGAACCCUCUGUGUGCCGGUGCUCAGCAGCUUUGCCACAGCAGGGAUUCAGGAAUGGCAAUCCCAGAGGUGCUAGAGCUGCCUGCUGCUCCCCCCAAGGAGCAUCCAGGGCAUUUGUAUCCCAAAAACCAAGUCCAGUGUUUCAAACCCACAGUGGGCAGAGUUCUCAAUGCACGUUCUGUUUCAGAGUUUUAGGUUUAACCCUAAUUUAAAUCCUUUUCUCUACGUUGUUUAAUGCUCUCUUUGGGCCACCUUCCUCAGGCUGAGGGUGAUGUUUGAGAAACAAGGGCAGCAGGCAGAUUCCAGGUAGACAAAGUACGUGGUCCUUUCCUAAAGAUCUUCUGAGGGCAACCCUGGAAAAAGCACAGAAUAUUUUUAGGAGAGGAAAUUCCAGUGUAUUACAGGAAAAAUUAUGCAUCCAGGCAAGCCAAGUAAUACUUCUAUUAAGUGGUAACACGGUUGCUUUUAACCUAAACAUGGUUUUAAAAGUGUUGGCAUUGAAGCAGUGUCGGUGUGGGGGUCUGUGGGGAGCAUUCCCAGCCUUGCACGUGUCAGAGCUCCCAGGAAAAGUCAGGAGGUCCCAGAAUGUCCUGAGUUGGAAAGGUCCCGAUGGGUGAGGUCACCCAGGGCUGUUGUCACCAAGUCACUCCUUGCAGGGUGGAGGAUGGCUCCCACCAAGGCAGGGAUGGAGGAAGCUCUCCUUGGCUGGAUCCUGGUGGGGCUUGGCUUUGAGAGCUCCCCAGGCUUUUCAGGGGAUGUGUUUGCACUGUGCAGAGGCUGCUCUUGGAGCCCUCCAGGUGCAGAGUCAGGCAACAUCUCCUUGGAGAUCCCACAGGAAUUGUUAUUCCCGUUGUUCACUCCAUUCUCCCACCCCUUUCCCGCUCCUUGUCUUGUGUUUAGCCACUCCUGUUGCUUUUUUACAAGCCCUAAGUGUGACCCAGUCCAUGAAAAAUCCCAGCAGCCAAAAAGCUGUUUUCUCUGGAGUCUGUGGCUGUGGUCAUUGCUCUUCCCACUUAACCCUUCCCCUCAUCCCAGAUACCUUGAAAUGCCCCUUCCUCUGCACUUUAUCCAUCACUAAAACACUAGAAGCGAGUCAGCCGUUGCUGUUUCUCUAUUUCCUCCUAUCUUUGUCCAAUUGCUGUGGAAUUUAGUUGGAUGUGUCACACCUGAACCUGGGUAUUGCCAGGGAGGGUUCACUUCUCCUUUGUCUUUCUGAAGAAAAAAGACCCAACCUUGGGAAAACUCAGGGUCCUGCCCUGAAUGCAGAGAUUUGGCCAAGGGCUCCCAUUACCAGAUCUCCAAUUUUGGUGGUAAAAAAGGAGCAGGAUGGGGAAAAAAAAAGCAAAAAAAUAAAAGCUUGGAGAACCUUGGUGCUGCUGGGAAAGCUGGGUGAGCUCCUGGGAGGGGGAGAGGAUUUUGAAGCAUUUGAGCGCAGUGUAAAAUAACCGUGUAAACAUUAGCAUUGUUUAAUUCACUGUCUCGUCCCCCUUCCCUUAAAUUAUGUGUGUUAGUGCAAAAAAGAAAUAAAAAUAAAAAGCUUUAGCUGCACUUGGAGAUUUCCCUGGGCCAGAGAAGGCCGAGUCACGUAGGGAGAGGAGUCGAGGUGGGAAUGCAGAUCCGGGUUUGGAAGUGAUCUCCGGCACUGUAAUGUAGAAUAAUUAGAUUAUAUGGGGUUGGAAUAGCUUCAGCUUUUAUAUUUGUACGGAGAUCAGGAGAAAUGAAGUAAUUUGUAGUUUCUAGUGUAAAGUAGUGGUAGUGGAGACAAGCACAGAUUUCACAAGGGGGUCCCCAAGGGGCCCGUCCCAAACGUCUCGGGGAGCCGCCUUUGCACCUUAACAGGGAUGGUUAUUGGGGUUCAUUGUUGGUGAAAGGGUCAUUUCAUGUUUGGUUUAGUGGUUGUUGUCAGCAGGGGAACUCGAGGGGAAGGAGGAGAGCGUUGGGGACCAAACUUUGGGGCACCUGGGCGGGACAGGAGACAACUUCCCCGUCCUCAUCUCAUCGUCAGGCGUCUUCCUUACCCCUCCAGAGUCUGCUCCACCAACCCUUAGGUGGGAUCUCUGCCUGUUUGGCCUGGAUCCUCAGUUCCACAAUUCCCAUUCCUGAUGAUUUGUGGGUAGAAUCUACUGCGUAGAAAACCCAGGUUUGGAUGUUCUUGUGUUUGCUGCACAAUGGGGAAAAAAAACAAAGGCUCUGCAGUAAAGAUCUUUUCAAGGUAGAAAAGAAACACUGAACUACCCCAAAUUAAGAGGUUCUGCAAUGAGUUUGGAGUUCUAAGCUACCAAAAAAAAAAAAGGUUGGCUUGAAUGGUUUUAUUGGAAAAUAAUUUCUUUUUUGGAAAAAAGUAAUAGAGGUCAUAGAGCAAAACAUCCAGAGGUGUAGAUGGGUGAAUUUGUUGGUUUAGGAUAUUUGUAGGUUUUGCUUUCUUGUUUAGCAUGGGCCAAUGUUUAAAGUAAAUAUUGGGACAGUUUACCUUGAGUUGACUGAGUCUGUCCCAUACUUCAAAGGGAGGUUUGAGGGGUUUUGGCCAGGAUUGUCAGGAGCUGGGAAUAGUUCAUGUUUUGAGAGGGGAAUUGCAUGAUUUCUGCAAAGUGAAAGGUCAGUCUGGGACAUGUUUUUAGGGCCCCAAAUUGGCUAGCAUGUUUGUGGCCCCAUUUCAUUUCAGGGUGACAGCAGGAUGUGGGUGAAUGAACUCCCAUCAUUUACUACCAUCUUCAGGGAGGAGAAUUUCACUUGUGGAUGGAUAAAAUAAAGAUGUCUUUGUGCAUUUCAGCAGUUUUAACCUCUUCAUCUCCCCAUGCCUGCCUGGAUCCCAAACCCCUGUGGCACAUCCAGGCAGCAGCGGUCGGUUCUGCUGGUGGGCAGAGCCUCAGCCUUCCCUCAGCCAUGGAUUUUCUGGAUGUGGUUUUUUCUUUUAGCUUCCAGUGCUAAGGACUGGCUGAUUUGCAGUGCUUCAGAGCUACUCAUUUUUACAUCUGUGUGUUCUGUACAAAAUGUGAAGGGGGGUGGGUGGGGGACGCUUCAGAGGUCUCAUGGCAUGCCGUGGGGAUGGUGGCCACCUUGCUUGCUGGCAGUGAAUAAACCUUCAGCUCUUCCCCACUUUUCCAUUUGGGGUUUUUUGUUGUUCCUGAGAGCUGAAGUAGCUAAAAGCAUUUCCCUGGUCCUCAGGAACUGCAGGGUAUGAUGGGGAGAACCCCUCACAGAGACAGCUCAAAGGCAAACCCCAAACUCCUGCAGGACCAAGGAAGGGUUUUGGUGCUGAGCGUGGGGAUUUUGGGCAUCUGCAUCCCGAAUGUAGGGGUUGAGCUGAGUUGAACCCAUGGGUGAAGUGCAGCCAGGGUGUCCUGAGCCCUCAGCUGUCACCUGGAGGUCACUUCUUGCUCUGUGUGUGUGCUGGUGCCUGCUCCUCACACUGCUGUCGGUAUUUGUGGGAAUCCCCUUGAUCACCAUCAGGAGCUGCAGCCAGGCUUUGGUUGGAUGUUUCCAAAUGGGCAAAUUUCCCAGCUGGAGCCAGACCAGGACUUCCAAGGAGGCAGGAUGGGGGAACACUGGCUUGAGGGAUGGAGAGGUGCAGGGAGAUGAGGCCCAGGCUUGCUGCAGACUCACAGGUUUUCCUAAAAUCCAACUCCUUGAGGCAGCAACAUCCAGCUUGUGAAAACCUUGAGUUUGGCCUCCAGGACUGGAGGGGAAAAAUCCCUCCCUUGCUGGAGAGGAGAAAUCCCAGCUCACCACUGCAGGUGGGAAGCUCCAGGGAAGGAGAUUCUGAAGGUGGAAAGGACAGAGUCUUGCAUUUCAGAUGAUUUCUUUUUAAUAUAAAUUUGCUUGAGACUCAUCUUUCUGGCUGGAUCUGAGUGUGGGAGCAGCGAGCUGUCGGGGAUUCAGCGACGCUUCGGGUCCCGCUGCCUUUUGGGGCUGUUGAGGAUAACAGGGAGAUGUUUCCAAGGGAGAUGUUCCCAAGAGCUGCCUCCAGGUGGGUUCUUCCCCAAGGACAGCUCCUCAUCCCUCCCUCCACGUGUUCUUGGUCAUGACUGGCUCCAAAAUUUUUGCUGUGGGGGGACCACGAGUCUCAGCUGCAGUGGGCUCGUGUGCCACAGUCUGGGAACACCUGACCUGGUGGUGUGGACACCAUUUCUACCCUGGCUUUGGUUUCUUGUCCUUCCAGGGGCAGUCCCUAGGGAGAGGGCAGGUCUGGCAGGGCAGGAAGGAGCUGUGGAGGGCCAUGGCCAGGGACUCAGCUGGAUUCUCCACUGAAUCUGCUGAGGAGAAGAGGAUGUGCCCAUCCUCUGAAAGCACCGUGCAAGUCCCAGCUUUCCAGGGUUUGGCCCAGCUUCCUUUUACUGUGUCACUGUCACAAGAGCACCUUUCACUUGUAGAGUGCAUGUGGGGGCACAGACUGAGGGGUGUUUGGGGCAGGAGUGUCUCCUGAAACACCAGGGACUCCUUUUGAGAUGGAUUUGACUCAGCUUGGAAUGGCCAAGAGCUCGGAUCUGCAGCUCCUGCUGCCUUCACACCCCACAGCUCCAGCAGGAUUUGAGCACAUCUCAAAUGCUUGGCCCACACCUGAGCAGCUCCAACCUGUGGCCACCUGCAAAGGCUGGAUUUUGUGUUCAGCCCCCAAAUCUUUCAGGUCUUUCUGCUUUUUGGUGUUUUGUCUUUCCAGUUGAAAGUAGGGGAGGGAGCCCAGGUGAGGAGGGGACACCUGCUCGGGGUAGAGGCAGGAGAUACCGAGCACAUGGCAGGCUUUACAGCAAGUUUUGGGUUGUUGGGGUUUGGUUUUUUGUUUUGUUUUCUGUUUCUGUAAAUAAUAAUGUAUAAAUGAUGACGAGACAGUGUGGAAAUUCU